AAAAGCGAAGGUGGGCAGUCGGGGCAGCGAUCGGGGUCGGGCUACGCACGGUUGGUCGUGAUCGGGGCUGUGGGAUUUGAACGUCGCGUCACGGAGCUGCUGCGUUGCGUCGCUGCUGCGCACGAAAUCGUCGGUUGCCUUCCGCAUGAGGCGUCAGCGAUAGUGCACGCAUCUGGCCGUUUUGACCUGCGACAUUGGUGUGUGUAAACUGAAACGUGCUGCCUGAAAGCUGCUUCAGGGGGCGGCUUUGGAUAUCCGGCUGGGUGUGUUGGCGAGACGGCGAUAACAACAAAACCCCGCUCGGCUAGUAGGCAAGCGACGCAGGAUGUCCCACCAAACCGGUAUACAGGCGAAUGCCGAGUUGAAGCAGUUUUUCGGCAAGUGUCGCAAAGGCAGCGUCCGCGUCUUCAAAGUCUCAAUCGUCGAAGGUAAGUAUCACGAUUUGUUUAAAAAAUAGAGAGCUAAAAAUUUAAUUUGGGCGCUCUAUUUCAUUUCCUGACCGCUAGAUUGAUUGUUUUUCGCUUCAUUUGCAGAGGAACUAACGCGUGAUCAGAAGCCACCGAAGGACAACUGGGAGCGAGACUAUGACACCCUGGUGCUCCCGCUUCUUGAACGUGGUCAGCCGUGCUACCUCUUCUACCGCCUCGACUCCACCUGUCCGAAUGGGUACGACUGGCUGUUCAUCAGCUGGUCGCCCGAUGACUCGCCUGUGCGCCAGAAGAUGUUGUACGCAUCGACCAAAGCGACCCUGAAGAAGGAGUUUGGCGGUGGCAACAUCACGCACGAGCUGUUUGGCACAUCGCGUGACGAGAUGCGCCUGCAAGGUGUGCGACGGGUGCUGGCGUCAGAGCACGAGAUGUCGCCCGCUCCGCUGACUCAGGCGGAGCAGGAGCUGCGUCACAUCCACCUUGGUGAGGCGACAGAAACUGCCGGUGUGGACUCUCGGCACCAGACUCUCCGCGGCCUGCAGUUUCCCAUUUCGGACGACGCAGUGGAAGCGCUGUUUGAUAUCAAGAGCGGGACAAUCUCCUACGUUCAGUUGAGCAUAGACCCAGCCAAGGAGGAAAUUAACCUGGAGUUGCGCGACAACAUCACGGUCGACAGGCUAGCGCAUCGUGUUCCCCGUGACCACCCCCGCUACCACCUGUUCCUGUUCCCCCACAAACAUCAGGGCGAGAAAUUCAAAAGCAUUGUGUUCAUCUACUCCAUUGCUGGCAGUGAAUGCCCUGUCAAGGAGCGCAUGCUCUACUCCAGCUGCAAGCUCCCCCUGGUGGAGACCAUUGAGACACAGGUUGGCGUGCCGAUCACCAAGAAGGUGGAAAUUGAUGACCCUAGCGAGCUGAAUGAGGCCUUCCUCAUCGAUCAGCUGCACCCAAAGCAAAACAUUUGCAAGCAGAAAUUCGCCAAGCCCAAGGGUCCGGCCAACCGCGGUGCCCGACGCCUCAUCCGGACUGCCGAUCCCGAAAACUGAUCACUGCCCAUUCAUGGGCCUCAGUGUCCCAUCUGCCCAGAAACAGCGCUUCGUCGUGUGCUCACGGUGCAGCAAGGUUGUGGCAAGGACGGGCUGUGCAGCUGGUGAAUGUCAUUCCCAAUGCAAAAGCACAGACAUCCGAAUUCAGCUGUCGCCAAAUCAUAAACAGGCUAUCGACGGCCUCCUCUGUCGAUGUGAAUGCAGCUCUGCUGCUAUCGCACUAUGCAAUGUUUGCCCCCUUGAUUAAGCUCGUCAGCUUAACCAGCCGUCUCACUACUGUGCCUGGUUUAGUGUCGUGAAACCUGUGUAUUACCUAGCUAUCGAAACUACAUUUGAUAAAGAGAAACUCAAAUGAUGGAACCUGAACAUGUUGCCUUGUCGACCUGUAUCUUAGCUAUCUGCCCCACUUGACUGAAGCUACCAUUGAGGCGAGCCAGUCACAGAAGUCACUUGCGCUUUUCUGGGCAAAUUGCAUAGUCGGGUAGUGUUUGUGGCAGAGGCAGCGUGAAGAGGUUUGUGUGUCUGCUGCCUCCUCCCAAUGGAGUCUUCCUUGUAAAGCUCAUUAGUCAUGUGCAUUGCAGGCUAUUGCUUGCAAGGAGAGGUCAUCACUGUAAAUGGCAAGAUGCAGUUUGUCACGGUAAGUUGGUGGAGUGCAGCACAUGACAAGCGUAUUUACAUCUGCAGUUUAAACUAGGAUUGUGUUUCUUUUAUUCUGAUGUUAAAAAAAAGUGCUGUAAUUGGAACAACACAAUUCCUCUUCGAUUUUUGUGGGUUUGGUGAUUGCAGUCUGUUUUUUUUUAGUUGUAUAUUGUGAGCACCUUCCUCAAAUCUUAGCAUGGUGAAAGCACUUGACCUUUGUUUUCUUUGUCACGCUUCAGCUUUACAUUUCUACAGAUCAAUCGCAUGCACUCAUGUACUGAUACACACAAAGGAAAUGUCUUGAUUGUCGAUCCUCAUGCUGGCACAACAGUUCUGGUUCUGGUCCCUGCUCAAGGUAGUUGGUGCCGUUGUAUUACAAAUGCUAAAGUCAAGGUGUGAUGUGUGAUUUUCCAGUGAUUCGUGCCGCUGUGCCGAGGUAUUGCACGCAUCUUUGUCUCACAUCUGCGCAUUGCACGCAACUGGUGUCUGCCGACAACAGUGGCAUGCUUUGGCACGUCUUCUAGAGCUAGAGUUGGGGCUGGGGACAGUCAUGUGUCGAGGGGGGCACUAUGCUUUAACAAGAAAAAUGUUUUUUAAUGCCGUAAGUUUGGUGAUUUUCCAGUGUCUUUUGUCAAGAACUAUUUAAGUGCAUUUGAUAAAGAAAAGAAAAUUGAGGGAACACACCCUUACAACCUUGCUGACUUGCAUGUUAGUAUUGUGAACUUAGUGCUCUGACUGAAUGAAGACAAUGAAGGACCAAGGAUGUCAUUGAAAACACUCUUUCCUGGUGGAUCAUACAGUCGGGCAGUAUUUACGCCAAAGGCAGUAUAUAUCUGCUGCUGGUGUGAUGCUUUUUAGGAGCGAAGCUUCUUAGGCCCGCACCCCACCGUUGCCAUUGAAGGUCCCUUCUCUUAAGCAUCGCUUUGGGUUUCACUGGCCGGUGAUUUAAGAGGAAAUGUUUAGGCCUUGAGCAGUUUGGUUCUAGUGCACCAGAAAUUCGAGGUUAAAAGAAAUAGGCUCUUUGCACAACUGGUUAUAAUGGUCGUCUUCACUUUCACCACCUUUAUCGUGGAUUUUGAAAUGACAACCAUCAUUCUAGCGCACUACGCGUGCUUUGUCGAAGGUAGUAGCAGACGCUCUCCCCGCCCAGCGCCGGCGCAAAAAAAGACCAUGAGCGCGUUCGGCGCGCGUUGCGCAGAAACAGUUUCAAAACGUACAUAGUCUACAUAGUCGUUUGCGUCCCAUUUCUGAGGAGCUUCGCUCGUCGGUUGUAUUCGUACACGGAACUACUGCUGAUUUUCAGUAGGUGGAAAGCAACACUUUUUUACUUUUUGUGAAAAAGUUUAUCAAGAGAAGGUCUGUCAAGUGUAGAAGUCUAGUGAGGUGAAAAUAAAUCUUUUGUAAGGAGUC